CUGGCAAGCGGAGAAGGAGCCCUCGUCCCGGCCGCUGCCUCCGCGCCGUGCUGCGCCCUGCCGGCCCCCUGCCGCCCCGGCAGCACCGCGGGCCGGUCCCGCUCCCCAGCGGCCCCCGCGCGCCCAGCGAGCCGCGGCCAGGCCGGGAAGAUGGCGACGCUGGGAGGCGAGUCUCCGGCUUUCCCCGCUGGCCUGGCGGCGGCCGGGGCGCUGCACCCCCAGCACCUCGGCGGGGGCGGCGGCUCGCUCGGCUACAACCUGCCGCUGAGCCGCGCGUUGGAGCGGGCGCUGGAGGAGGCGGCGCACUCCGGGGGGCUCAGCCUGAGCGCCAGGAAGCUGAAGGAGUUCCCGCGGGGCGCGCCCGGCCACGACCUCUCCGACACCGUGCGGGCAGAUCUGUCCAAGAAUAGAUUAACUGAUGUUCCUAUGGAGCUGUGCCAUUUUGUGUCACUGGAAACACUAAAUUUAUACCACAAUUGUAUUAAAAUUAUUCCAGAUGCCAUAGUGAAUUUACAAAUGCUGACUUACUUAAAUUUAAGUCGAAAUCAGCUUUCUUCUUUGCCAGCUUGCCUGUGUGGUCUUCCUCUAAAAGUCUUAAUUGCAAGUAACAAUAAGCUAGGUUCCCUUCCAGAAGAGAUAGGUCAGCUAAAACAGUUAAUGGAACUGGAUGUCAGCUGCAAUGAAAUCACAGCUUUGCCACAGCAGAUAGGCCAGUUGAAAUCUCUAAGAGAACUGAAUAUCAGAAGAAAUUACCUCAAGGUUUUACCACAAGAACUAGUAGAGCUUCCCUUGGUAAAGUUUGACUUUUCCUGCAAUAAAGUGCUCGUGAUUCCAGUUUGUUUUAGAAAGAUGGUACAGUUACAAGUAUUACUGCUUGAGAACAAUCCUCUGCAGUCUCCACCAGCACAAAUUUGUAUAAAGGGUAAAGUGCACAUAUUCAAAUAUCUCAGCAUACAGGCGUGCCAGAUUAAAACAGCAGACUCACUUUAUCUUAAUGCCAUAGAACGACCACACUUGCAGCAACCUGUGGAAGAGAGCAUUGAUGACAUAUAUCCAAGUAAGAAGGAUUCUGAUUCAGGUGUUGGCAGUGAUAAUGGAGAUAAGCGUUUGUCAGCUACAGAGCCCUCUGAUGAAGAUACUGUCAGCCUUAAUGUACCAAUGUCAAACAUAAUGGAAGAAGAUCAGAUUAUAAAGGAAGAUACGGGUCACCACAUCAACCUAAUCCAAGAAUUUCAUCAGGGACCUUCUCUUAUGAUUCACAAUAAGUCAAGAGAAGCAGGAAACCAGUUUGCUGAAGGAUCACAUCCCCUCACGACUGAAUUUAUGAGCUACAUCAAGGGCAGAGAGGCAGAAUGUGAUGAAUUAUUGCGAAUAGAAGAAGACGCACACUGGCAAACAGAAGGAAUAACGAAUACAUCAAAUAAGCAAAUUAUUGAUAUAGCCAUGAUAGAUCAUUUAAAAGAAGCAGUAGAUUUGCUGCAAGAUCCCAACAGAUUAAGCAUGGAUAUUACAGAGAGCAGUGGUGUGAAUCUGUAUCCCAUGGAACCAGCAACAGAUUUAGAAUUACAGGAGUCUACAGUAAAUGGCCAAAUGCAGAUGGAGGAGGCUCCUAUCUAUCAGAAUGAAAAUGCUGAGGAAGAACUAGAAUUUCAGAAGAGGAGAGAAUUGAUUAUAGAGAAAACCAAGACUGAAGCCAAAAUAGCAUGUGAGCAGGAUGAGAAGCAACUACUGAGUCAGAAUGAUCUGAUUGUCUGGAAUAUAGGAGGACGCAGUUCUCACAAUGAGAGUAAGGAAAAAACUCCCACACAAUCUCCUACUACAAACAACACCGCUCCUUUUGGCCUGAAGCCACGAUCAGACCCACCCCUCACUCUUCCUCCUAUCUCCUUCAACAAACUUACACAGGCUCAAACAUGGGACAACUAUAGCUACAGUAUCCCAUCUGAAGGGGACAGUGACAAUGUAUUUUUAAGACCACAGAGAAAUUUGGAAUCCAUAGACCCUCAAUUUACAAUUCGGAGGAAAAUGGAACAGAUGAGAGAAGAGAGAGAGCUUGUGGAGCAAUUGCGUGAGAACAUUGAAAUGAGACUAAAGAUUUGUUUGCCUGAAGACUUGGGGUCUGCUCUUAUGGAUGGGGUUGUUCUCUGUCAUUUAGUCAAUCACAUUCGUCCUCGAUCUGUGGGAAGUAUCCAUGUACCCUCACCAGCAGUACCUAAACUUAGUAUGGCCAAAUGCAGGAGAAAUGUGGAAAACUUUCUGGAUGCAUGUAGGAAACUGGGUAUACCAGAGGAGAAGCUCUGCCUACCACAUCACAUCCUAGAAGAAAAGGGCUUGGUAAAAGUGAGCAUAACAGUUCAAGCAUUACUAGAGGUAACCACAAUGAAGCAAGCUUUAUUCACAUGAAACUACUAUUUCUGCUGUAAUCCGCUCCAACGUGCCAUAAAAGUAUCAAAACACUGCUCAUCUUUUCAAACUGCAUUGACAAAUACCCUUCUGCUCCAAAAGAGUAUUCCUACAGUUCUGAACUGAAAUCAUCUUUCAGGCUAUCUAUAUAUGUUGAACUGCAAACUAAUAAUCAUUUUAUAAAACAAACUGGCAUUUCCACUGCUUUCAUAGCUCAGUUUGUACAGUAGCUAUUAAAACAGCCACCUCUCUGCCGCUUACAUAAGUGUGGAGUACAGCUGCCUUGCAGAUAAAUAUGUUCAUCUUAUUAACACAAGAGCAUCUUAAUUUUUUUUUUAAUAGGAAUUUUAACCUGUUUUGUUUUUCUGCAGUUGCUUCAGGCCAUUUUAAAAAUAUUCAGCCAUAAAAUAUUUAUAUAAAUAUUAUUUAUUAGUGAGUUGUUAUUCAUCCUUUGGAUGCAAAAUGUAAAUUAGGAAACUGUAUUUUAUUACUGCUUUUUUGUGGUUAAACACUUUAUUUUAAUAUAAAUAUUUAGUUAUUUUUUAUUCUACUUGGUGUGCAGUAAUUCUAGAUCUCCAUAAUUGUAUUUUCUAAUAUGUAUGAUAAACGGUAAACAAAAAUAGGUGCUUUCAUGAAAAGAAUGGUUAGCUGGGACGGCAUUCUUUAUUUUAGGGUUUGUGGAAGAUGAGUGGCGUUGGUCUGCAUUCCAGUUAGUUUCCAACAUUCCAGCAGCACUUCCCUCUGCCCCCCAGUAGAUGAAGUUGGUUGAGCUGAAGAGAAGCACACCUUUUUAUUUGUAUAUAGCUGUUAUUAAAAAAAAAAAAAGGAAAGAUUAAACUUGAACACACAAAUGUGAACAAAUAUUUUUGAUUGAUACUUAUUUUACUAUGCACAAGACAUUAAACUUUUAUUACAACAAAAUAACUGAUGUGCAUUAGUGUCACAUGUCUUGAGAUAUAAUUUUGCACUGUAACUUAGGUAAUCUUAAAAGGAUACAGCACUACGGAACAAAUAAAAAAAUAGCACAAGAAAGGUGAAAAUAGAAAGUUUUCUAGAUAGUCAAAUAUACGUUGGGGUUUUUUUUAAAAGAGAAAAUAUAAUUUCAUUGCAGUUGUUUUAGGUCGUUGUAACAGCCUAACCCUUCAAAUAUGUACUGCAGGUUGCAGGGCUUACUGCUGUGAGUGCUCUCCUUGUAGUUAAUGUACUGCCGUGGGAUUGCCCUGUAUCGAGUGUUUGCAGGAUCAGACCCCUUGUCCCAAUUCAGCAGUAGGAAAUAGUUUUAUUUCAUUACUUUUAAUUUCAAAAGGAGGUUUUAAAGCUUAAUUUAUUGUUCAGUCAUUGUCAGACAGAUAUUUUAGGUAGAAAAGUUCUAGCACAGUGAUUUUCACAACCUCUUGAACAUCCUUUUUUUUGGGGGGGGGGGGGGAGUAUGGAAAUCUCGUGAUGUAAGUAAUUUAGGCAAACAAGACAGGGAAGUUGCAUGUGGUAGAAAGGAUGGCCGUUAGGGGUCCCUGUUACAUUUAAGGAAGGAGAGUUUGAAAUUCAUUACAGCAAAAGCGAGGCAAUGUAGAGGGCAAAUGAAAGAGUGAAAGAGGCUAUGGAGAGAGAAAUAACCAUCUGUUUGAAGAAUGUGUACACUUGUCACAAUAUUGCAUAUUCUAGGCAGAGUUACAUGCCUGGUCACACAGAGAGACACUGCAUUUAAAAAACCACCAGUAUUCCAAGGAAUUAUAUUUUUAAUCCUGAAUAUAUACUGUUUUGAAUGCAGACCUUGUGUUUUCGACAUCACAGAUGAUGGUACACAUCAACAACCAUCUGUUUGGCGGAAAAUGUGAACUCAAGGACAGUAUAAUGGCACAUACAGUAUGCAUGGAAUAUUCAGUUAUUUCAACCAAAGUAAAAGCUUUUGUUCUAUAGAGGGAACAUUGACUUACUUUGCAAUUUUGACUGGCAGCUAGCAUAUGGUUUCCUAUAAAAUAUAUUGUGCACUUUAACACUAAAUUAAAAUGUAUUUUAAUAUUUUACAGAGCUGCACAAAUACCUGUUUUGUCAAAUAGCAUGAACAAUAUAAAAAAAAUAGGUUUUCAACUCAGAGUAUAUCAAACUUUAAAAGCAUUCAGAAAUUGACUAUAUAAAUAGGAAUAUUAAUUGCUGCAUCGAGGGGUAAAAUGCAGGUUCCUGAGUAUUUUUUUUAUGAUGUAUAUAUGGCAACAUGAAGUUUUGUAAUUAUUAUUUUGACAAAUCCUGUUUUUUUCAUAAUUAAUUUGUUUUCCUCCUAAUAGUGACUUUCAGUAUUUGCUUAAAGUUGGCUGUAAAUAGCGCUAAAUAUUUUGUAAUCCGGCUUUUUUUAUGCAGUCUUAACCUGUAUGGCUAAAAAGAAAAUCUUCAUGAAUCUUUGUACACUUUAUAUGUGCAAUAAAAAUGCAUGGCCUCCUGACAAUACCAUAAACAGUGAACGUUGUGUGUAUAUAGUGCCAACUUUACUGUGGCUGCAAUUAAAUCAGUUUAUUUGUAUUCA